AUGGCCGCCUCCCGCUGCAGCUCGACGGGCGUGGGGCGGUACGGGCCGGGACGAGGACGGCGACCACCGCAAGGCUACGUAUAUAUAUUAUCACGUAAGCUUUCUAGGUUUACACGUACGCUGACUACCAAGCAAAUCAAAGCACAACCAAUCAUGUCUGGUCGUCGUCGUUCGUGGACAAUAUGGGCGCCUCUCCUGGCGUCGCUGCUGCUCGUCGGGCUCGCGUCGUCGUCGGCCGCGGGCGCCAAGGUGGUGGAGGAGGAGGAGGACGACGACGGCGGAGCCAGCAAGAAGAAGCCCCACGUUAACCACGGCAAAUUCAAGGCGGACCCGUGGACGGACGGGCACGCGACGUUCUACGGCGGGCGCGACGGGUCCGGCACCACGGACGGCGGCGCGUGCGGGUACAAGGGCGAGCUGGGAAAAGACUACGGCGAGCUGACUGCGGCCGUGGGCCCGUCACUGUACAGCAACGGGGCCGGGUGCGGCGCGUGCUACGAGCUCAAGGGCACCAAGGGCACCGUGGUGGUGACGGCCACCAACCAGGCCCCGCCGCCGGUGAGCGGGCAGAAGGGCGAGCACUUCGACCACACCAUGCCGGCGUUCCUCAAGAUCGUGCCCAUCACCUACCGCAAGUACGUAGUAGUAGUGCAGCACUUCCGUAUGCAUGCGCAUCAUCUACCGAUCUACGUACAAACAAUUGACACACGCAUAUGCAGGGUGGCGUGCGUGAGGCAAGGCGGCAUCCGGUACACGAUCACGGGGAACCCGCACUACAACAUGGUGAUGGUGACGAACGUCGGCGGCGCCGGGGACGUGGUGGGGCUGUCGGUGAAGGGCAACAAGCGCGUCAAGUGGACGCCGAUGAAGCGCAGCUGGGGCCAGCUCUGGACGACGGAGGUCGACCUCACCGGCGAGUCGCUGACGUUCCGCGUCAUGACCGGCGACCACCGCAAGGCCACCUCCUGGCACGUCGUGCCCCGCGACUGGAAGUUCGACAAGACGUACCAGGCCACCAAGAACUUCUAG